AUGGCAGCAGCAAUCCGCGACAGGGCUGCCAGGAAUUCUGGCCUCGCUGCUUGCUCGGAGGCUGUUCUCGCAGUCGGAUAUCCCGCUCAGGGAAGAUCUCCGGCGGUCUCUUUUACGAGGGUAGGAUCAACAGAUUCAUUCUCAUAUCUCCUUUCAGCAGUCGUCCCCCUCGCCACAAUAAAGCGCUACAACGCACCACCACGCAACAACACCCUGCUCAACUCCACGCGAUUCUCUGAAAUAAAACAGAACCUCUGCACGCCCGUCUCCACCGCUAAAUUCACAGGAACCUGGAUCUGCACCCCGUCUCCAGACAGAAACGACAGCGAAACCGCCUUCGUCCUCCUCUGGCUCCACGGCGGCGCAUACUGCCUCGGCCACGCCCUCGGAAACUGCACAGCGCUCCUCCGGGUCUCCGAGCUCAUCGCGGAAAAAACCCCCAAUACCUCACUAGCCAUCUUCUCGGUAGAGUACACGCUCGGUCCAGAAGCUAGAUUCCCGACGCAGCAGCGCGAAGCCCUCGCCGCGUACCGGUAUUUGUUAGACCGGGGAAUCGCGCCAGAGAGGAUUGUCGUUGGAGGGGUUUCGGCGGGUGGACACCUGGCGAUUUCUUGUCUACUGGCGGUAGCAGAGGAGGGCCUCGCGAAGCCGCACGGCGCCUUCCUUCUCUGUCCGUGGGUCAAUCUGCGGAACGCGUCGCCGUCGUUUCAGACCAAUCGGCAUAGGGAUAUUCUGAGCAAGGGGCUUCUGGAUCGGUGUGUGGAGGCCGUGGCACCGGGUGCAGACUGCGAGCCCGACGUAUCAAGCCUCAUUGAUUUCACGACACCAGGAUCACAUCUAGGCGACGGGUCAAAAACCUGGGAGGAUAUCCUCCCCGUGCGGACAUGGGUCAACGUCGGUAGCCAUGAUGUGUUCCUAUAUGAUAUCCAGACGUUUGUUCAGAAUGCAUCGGCUGACGGGGCGAGUGUUGAGUUGCAGGUGAGUCCUGGGAUGGCGCAUGCGUGGCAGUUCAAGCUGGAUCGGUCUACGGAGGCAGAGUACUGUGGUCUGGGGCCCGGAGAGCAUGUACCGGCGGGAAUCAUGCGAGGGAGUGAGAAUAUUGCCCAGGGGCUUCUUAGGGUUUUGGGGUAG